AUGCGCUUUGCGAAGGCUCUAAGGAGAUCAAUCAAAGGGGACAAGGACAGCAAACCCCACGGCGCCAUCGCCCCCAAAUCGGCCGUCGCCAUUCUCCCUCCCAAAAAGGUCAUCCGCGCACUCUACGAUUAUGAGGCGCAAUCAGAUCAGGAGCUGAGUUUCUCCCGUGGAGACUUUUUCCACGUCAUCGGCCGCGAGAACGACCCCGAUUGGUAUGAAGCCUGCAAUCCUGCGCUUCCCGACGCCCGCGGCUUGGUCCCGGUCGCCUUCUUCCAGGCCCUCGGGCGCACGGAGCGGGACAGUGGCCAAUCGCAACCAGAUGUUGCGCGACCACCGACAACCAACAAUCCCGACCAUGAUUCCGGGUACGCCGAGACCCCGGCGAGCUCAGUGGGAGGACCAGGCCGGCGAGCCUCCAAGUCUGGAGGCAAGUCUGGCGCUAUGGUCUACGGCAUUGUCAUGUAUGACUUUAAAGCCGAGCGAGCAGACGAGUUGGAAGCCAAGGCUGGGGAGGCCAUCAUCGUCAUUGCGCAGUCGAAUCCGGAAUGGUUUGUCGCCAAACCCAUAGGCAGAUUGGGCGGGCCUGGCUUGAUUCCAGUGUCGUUUGUUGAGAUCAGAGAUAUGGCCAGCAACACACCGGUGCCCAACCCCCAAGAUGCAGUGCGAAGGGCAGGAAUACCCCGCGUCGAGGAAUGGAAGAAGAUGGCGGCGGAGUACAAGAACAGCAGCAUCACUCUAGGCAAGUUCGAGGUAGGGUCCUCACAGCAGCCAUCCGCCGAGCAGGCUAUGGGCCGAUUGAGUCUCCAACAAGGCAGCGGACGUAUGAGCCAGGGCAAUGGUGGUAAUCAACUGCAAUCGCAACAGCAGCAGCAGCAGCAGCAACAGCAGCAGCAGCAGCAGCAGCAGCAACAGCAACAGCCGCAGCCAGGAUAUAACCCACAACGGAACACACAGCAAAUACAGCCGAGCCCUUACGCGGCCAAAUCAAGUUCUCAGUUGUAUGGGCCGGUCUCGGCUCGCAUCCCCCGGUACUGCUUCGCCGAGGAGAAGUAUUGGUUUGUUAUCGAAGCUGUGUUAGAAGACGGCCGUGCCUGGGAGCUUUCCAGGUACUACGAGGACUUCUACGACUUCCAGAUCGCACUGCUUACCGAGUUCCCCGCCGAGGCCGGAAAUACGGGGGAGCAGAAGCGAACGCUUCCGUACAUGCCCGGACCCGUUAACUACGUGACCGAUGCCAUCACGGAAGGUCGCCUGCAUAACCUGAACGCCUAUGUUGGGAACCUCCUUGCCCAACCCCCUUACAUAUCGAAGUGCAACCUGGUGAAGCAGUUCUUUGCACCCAGGGAAGGAGACUACGAGAUCGACCCGAGCGGACUCGGAGACGAGUACCGCUUAUCUGGCGGGUCGCAGCCAUCAUCUACCGAUUCUCCACAACCCGGCACUUCACGUCAGUCGUCGAAACAGAAUCUGAACGGCAAUGGCUACUCGGGUCUCUCAGCCGCGCCGACACGACCAGGUCCGGACGGCCAGCCGCCGAUGAAUAGGCAAGGGUCGUCCCUCUCUCAGCCAUCUCAAACUUCUCUCUCCCCUGGUGUCCAGCAAACAGGCGCAGCCAUGAAGGUCAAGCUAAGCUACGGCGGUGACAUAAUCGCUAUCCGGGUGCCGUCCGAUAUCCAGUUCCGUGAACUUUACCAGCGGAUUCUCGAACGGCUGAAGAUCCCCCCCGGAGAGCAGGUCCAGCUAUCUUAUAAGGAUGAGCCCACGGGCGAUAAACCGCCUCUUUUGAGCGACAACGAUCUCGAUGUCGCACUCCAGCGAAACGAGAAGCUGCUGCUCUACGUCGAAUAG